GCCGCGCGAGCCUCAAAAACCCCAAACCGACGCAAAAUGAUCCUCACAAAUUGCGCCGCCUGCGCCGCCCCACUGGCCCACGACGCGCCGCGUUGUAUUAGAUGCCACACAAGAUAUUGUAACAAAACUUGCCAGCAUGACCACUGGCGCCGCGGCCACAAGCAGAUUUGUAAGAAAAUACACCGCGGCGGAAACGCGGAGCAAUACUAUGCCGACAAAAAAUACAAGGAGGCCGUCGCGGAGGCCGUCGAGGCGUGCGCGGACGACACGAAAGGCCAGGGGACAGCGUAA